AUGGAGGUUUGCUGUUCAUUCAAGUCAUUAGUAGGAGGAAUCUGUGGUUCUGACAGUCGAGAUAGAAAACACGAAGUGCAAGUUGUUCCUCUGACAUCAUGUACAAAAGAUAUUGCAAACCAUCUAGCAUCCUUUUCGUUUUUUGGUCCACAAAACGAGAUAGACCUGAUAUUGUGUCGAGCGGCAAUUUUUAAAAUGCCAAACUCUUUUGACAACAUGACAAUAUGUCCACAGCAUCGUGCAAAACUUGGAUUGGGAUGGACAAGGGGAUCAACUAGAUGUAGAAUACCAGCUGCGUUAUCUAACCACGGGAAAGAAAGUAGAAAAAUAUGGCCAAAGGGAGACAGGGGACUUGGGAAACAAGAUUCUGGAACAGUACUACAAAAGACUGGUGUGUUUAUUCAAGCUGGUUCCGGUAAUUGUUUGUAUUAUUAUUGUUUGUAUUAGUUGGGUGCGUCAGUUCAUUCAUUUCAUGUGCAUAUGUUUUGUUUACUUUACUAGGAAUAUGCAGGACAUGCCGAGAUAAAAUGAAGACGAUUAGACCAACUAUUCCCACCACAGCACUUGCGAAGUUGGAAGCACAACUAAAGACAGCAACAUUACAGGUAGUAUAUAGGUUAUGGUGUUAAAACCUAAUGAGGUUUUUCCUUCGCCAUGGAAAGCAAAUUAAAUCAAACACUGUGGCACAUUGCCAAUUAAAGGGUUGAAAGGAAUGCAGCAUUGGCAGACUGCUUGGUUAGCCCAUUGAGGGACACUCACUAGCCUCUCCCCUGGAAGAGUAAAAUCGUCUGGUGAUAGAGAGAAUAAAAUAAUAUUAGAUGUAGGGCAUAUCAGGGGGCAUGGUCACUUACAUGAUUAAAAUUAAUUUGUAGGAUGACUCUCCUGAAAAUCCAUUCAAAGCCCUGCAGCAUCAACAUAUCCCAGUUACCCCAAUGAGCACUGUGCCGUCAACGCUAUUCUCACCUUCUGCUAUAUCCCAAGCCUUCGACCUGUCAAUGACCAGCGAAUAUGAUGAGGAACCAUCUACAUCUACUCCAAAGGGUAAGCUAAACUGCUUUCUUGCUGCAAGAGAUGUAAGUCCAAUUCGAACCUCAAUGAUGACACCAUGGGAAGAAGCUGCAGGACGAACCAAGAGGCACUAUUUACGGAAAGCCAGACAGGUUGUCUUCGCUACCCUUGAAGAAAUUGCACCCAAUAAUUCUGAGAUGCUGUUCAGAGCAAUAAAAGAAAGGCAACUAGAUGAAAAUGAUGACACGGAUUGCAUGCUGUUAGAAGCUUUAACAGCAUGCUACGAGAAUGCCAGCCAUUGGAGCAGUCGCAGACAAAUUCUCUCCAUCUUUGCCGAUAAGGUCAGCUUCAAAACUGUUCAACAAUGGAUUCCAGAUAUAACUCGCUAUCGAUAUAGCAUUGCAAGACACCACCUGUUGCUACAUGGCAGAGGCGCUGACAUUUCUCCCCAGAAACACGUCAGAAUUAAAGUACCUCCAGAGAAGCUCGACCACUUUUUGGCUUUCAUUACCAGUGCAAGGGUAAUACAAGAUUUGCCCUUUGGGGAGAAAACCUUAAAGCUCUCUACCACUGAAAUAAAGAUCCCAAACGUCAUAAGAAACUCCAUACCAGAACAGAUAAUUCAGCAGUAUCAGAGCUACUGUGCGGAGACCGGAUUUAGUUCCCCUUUGAGGCGUAGUAGCCUUUGCAGGAUACUAGACGUUUGUUCUGCAUCUACCCGCACCUCCUUCAAGGCCUCGACUACUUCUCAGCAGAAGGUGGCAAAGCAUUUGAUGACAUGGUUACAGUCGUAGAUAAGCUAGGUGACGUCUAUGAACUUGGUCUGACAUGGUCCAAGGAGCAGAUUAGAAAGCUGAAACUGGCAAAGCGUUACUUUAAAAGUGAUUACAAGGUCAGUGACCUUUUAAAGAAUUUUUUAUUAGACGAAAUGCCUUGAGAAAAUGAUUACAUGUUUCGUUUCGUUCCUUUUCUUUUCUUUUCUUUCUCCCAAUCAAGUUAAUGAAAAAUGAACUUAGAUGUCCUUAACAAUGGGCGCCGCGUCCUAGCGCUUUCAUCAAAAUGCCGUAGUUUAUGUACGAUGAAUUGUUAUAGCUGAUACAUUAAUUAUGUGAUGUUUGUGUUUUUUUCAGGUUCAUGUGUCAUCAACUUCAAGGGUCCCUGAUCAUUGUAGACCUUAUGCCCUCAGUCUUGCUAACGAUUCCAAUUUUACCACCACGUGUAAUCAUCAGCAUGAUCUAGUUUGUGAUAGGUGCAACCUGUUUCCUGCUGUUGUCCAAGAAUUAGAGUUACAGGUGGAAAAGGCUAGGAUUCCUCAUGAAGACAAAGAAGAAAUGAAGUUUGUGGUGGCGCAGUCAAAGAAGAACAUAGAAGCCUGGAAAGCACACAUAUUACGCUUCAUCAAUCAAGAUGAGGCCCGCCUUGACAUCCUGAAAGCAGUAGAUGACAGCUCUGUAUUGGUGGUGCUAGAUUGGGCAAUGAAGUUCAUCCCAAGAAAGUACAGAGAGAGCCAGGCGGACUGGUUUGGUAAGAGAGGCCUCUCCUGGCACAUUAGUGUGGCAAUGAAAAAGCCUCCUGGAAAAACCUUGCAGACGCUGACUCUUGUCCACGUGUUUCAGAAAAGUAACCAAGACAGCCUGUAUGUGUUGGCCGUCAUCGAUGAUGUAAUCGAAAAGCUAAAGACUGCAAUACCUGGGUUGAAAUCUGUGAGCUUCAGACAGGACAACGCUGGUUGCUACCACAGCGCUGCUACCAUACUUGGGAUACAUCAACUCGCCGUAAAGCACAAUGUGUGCGUGCGAAUGGAUUUUUCUGAUCCUCAAGGCGGGAAGGGACCAUGUGAUCGCAAAGCUGCUUCUAUAAAGAAUCAUAUGCGUUCAUACCUCAACUCUGGCCAUGACAUCUCGUCUGCACAAGACAUGAAAUCAGCUAUAGAGUCCAAUGGCGGUGUACGUGGUGUUGCGACUAUACUGUGUGGUCCUCUAACCAUCCCUGACCCUAGUCCUUUUCCAAAAUGGGAAGGUGUUAGCCUUAUCAAUGACAUCCAAUUCAAGACCGAGGAGAUGAAGGUUUGGAGAGCUUAUGACGUUGGACAUGGUAAAAGCGUUCCCUAUAGCAAUUUCACUCAAACGAAGAAGACUGAACUUCCAUCGCUUACCAAGAUUACCGAUGUCCCCAGCACUAAUCUUGUAUUCUGUGAAGUCACGCCAAGGAAAUGUCAUGUCGCCAAAGACAAAGACACGAAGACAUCCGCCGACGACGACAGCAGCGACGCAGACGAGGAUACGCUUUUCACCUGUCCAGAAGAUGGAUGUGUGAAAACCUUCCAACGGUUUUCAUCCCUCCAGAAGCAUCUGGAUGGAGGCAGGCACAAGUACGCCCUCGAGAGGGAGUCAUUCCUUGAUAAAGCAAUGCUACGCUAUGCUGAAAAUCUAGAAAGUGGGGCUGCAUCCAUAGUAGGGCAAGUCGAGGAGAUUGCUGAAGAAUCAAAGGUACCUUCGAUAAAGAUGGGAUGGGCGCUAAAACGUGUUUCCACAAGUCGACACCGUUUCAAUGAGAAGCAAAAAAAGUACCUCAUCGACAUAUUUCUUCUUGGCGAGCAGACAGGGCAAAAAGCAGAUGCUAGUGAUGUCUCAAAAUCGAUGAGAAAAGCGCGCAAUGCAGAUGGUUCUCUUCUUUUCCUGUCUAAUGAAUACCUGACAUCACAGCAGAUUACCAGCUUCUUUUCCCGUACAGCCGCCAAGAAAUCGAUUCAAGUUACAUCAGCUUCGAAUCUUGACCUCGAUGAUGACGAUGACCUUGAUGACUUGGUCUCCGCCAUGGCAGAGAAAGAGCUUCAGCAAAUGCGUGAAGAAAUAUUGAAUGAUAUUUCUAUCCAACACCCAAUCACAUACGAAUCCUAUAACAUAUGCGAAAUGGCCACCGCGUCCAAGCUUUCAAAGUUUUCUAUAGCAAUGUUACAGGAAAUCUGCAAGCACUACGAACUUGACACUUCAAGUAUAAAGCAGAAAAGGAAGCAGCCAUACAUAGACUUGCUGGACGAAUUGGUAGAGUCGUGCACAUGUUAA